AUGUCGGAUCAGUUAUCAACGACUAGAUUCAGAAGAGUUUUACGACCUUUACUAUCCAAGAUCCAUGCGUUGAAUGAUCUCUAUUCGAAGAAUCCAUUGGUUUUCGACUUUGACAUUUCAAAAAUUAACAAGGAUUGUAAAUCCAAUAAACAUCUCAAUGAAACAACACCUCAUCUGAAUCACAAACAACAAAGAUUGCAUACUACAAAAAGACCAAAACUUGGAGAAGAACCUAUUCCUGAUUUCUACAAUCCCAUAAAUUCAGAUGAUAGACUAAGAUCUCUACGGCCAUUUAUUACACCAGAAUUAUACAAGUCAUAUACCGAUUUAUUUCAUAUUGUCAAGUCUAUUCUAUUAUUAUUGGCGCCAAAGCAAGAACACAAAUGGAAAUUAUCAUCAAGAUGUGCAUUUGAAAUAGGUAAAGAAAUGGCAGAAUCUACCCGUACCACAUAUUAUAGACUAAAUAAUGUAUCUUUAUUUGAUCCUUCACUGGUAAAUGAGUCCAUAAAAGAACUUAAUCAAGAAUUGUAUGAAGAUCUUGAUGAUUGGAUGAAGGUAGAAAUGGAACCAAUGUCUAUUACUGUAAAUUAUACAAGGGAGUUAUUUGCUGGGUAUAUUAUACGUCUUAUUGUUAUUCAUUCACAGACUACGCUUUAUAUGUUUGUUCCUGUCUUGAUGCAUUGGUUGUUAAUGCAGGGUACUUUUUUGAGAAAAUUGGGACUGUUUCUUAGUUACGAGUAUUUCACAUUUCCUGAUAUUUCUACUACGAAUGUUGAAAAAUUGAAUGGGUUAUCAUUCAAUGAUACAAUAUUGGUGUUUUGGAGUUUGUAUGUUGUGAAUUACUGGGCUCCAUUUAUGAACCAACAACUACUUCUGGAAAUUAUACCGUACAAAAUAUCUUUAGAUCUAUUUGAAGAAUUAGAAGUUGUUCACGAACUACUGUCAGGUUAUUUCAGGGAACAGGUCUAUGGUGUGUAUCAAUAUGAAAAGAAUACAAACGUUAUAGCUAUGAUGAUGGUGAGGAUACUUCAAAAGACACGUAAAAAGUUGACAUCCUAUGAUGAAGCAUACAUUCAUUUUAAAGAGAUAUACAAGUUGUUACUAGAAGUCGUACGUCAUUGGUUACCAUAUUACAAUCGAGGAUUUAACAAUAACAAAGUUGUCUUCAACUCCAUAAAAAGACUUCGUCAAUAUUCAGAGGAAAAGUUGUCUAUUCUUUCACAACAAGGAGGACAGUAUAUGAAAUUAUAUGUCAACUACAAGGGACUUUUAGAUACAGUUGACACCAUUGGACAAUAUUGUAUCUAUCCGGAGACAAAAUCUAAAAUAGACUCUGUGGACAAAACAGCAAAAAUUGCAGUUAAAUUAGGGUUUGAUAGUGAAGACUUUUUAUACUGGUUAUAUGAAAAUAACUAA